UCCCAGACCGACAAGUUUGCCCAAAGUUUGCCUUGGGUUUUCGUCCCGGACUACCAUCAUCUCUCUGGAAACCACUUGCUUGCAAGAAGACGCAGACCAGGGCUCUAUGACCCUUACAUGACAUAGGACGCAGCUGGAUAGCACCUCAUCACCAUCGAACAGCCCUCACGACUUCGAGGGCGGUUACCGCACUCGCGUCCUUGCUUUCUCUCACCCUUGACUCCUUUGCGCCUCCUCUGCUCCUCUGCUCCCCCCCUCACUUGCACCAGCAGCUGAUAUGCCCUACAACAUGCCAUCGUACCCGCAGUCUGCCGGCGAGAUGGACAUCACCUCGUACGAGCCUGCCCAACGCGCGUCGCGGCAUCAGAGCACUUUAACACAUGGGUUGAGCUUAGCACAUGAUCCUUUCCGCUCGGAUCCAGGUCCAUCUAGCUCAACCUCCCACCCAUCAAGUUCAACAUCCCGCCCUCCAAGCGCGAAGCCCUUCACCUACGAUCUGACGCGCAAGGGGAAGACAUGGGGAAAGCUCACUCUGCACGGAGAUCCUGCGCUGUCGAGGUCGAUUCCAACGUUUGUAGAGCCUGCUCUGUAUACGAAAGGGGAAGGCGCAACCGCGCGGGCAGAUGAGGGCGCCACCGUGCGCGGGGAAGUGCACCUAAAUCUAGACAACCCGGAGACGCUCCGUAGCGUGAAGGUGACAGUCCGCGGUCAGAUCUCCAUCGGCGCCAGCGCACCGUUCACCUUCCUCGAUGUCUCUACCACGCCCUGGUCCCGCGAGAUGGGCGAUCCGCGAGGCGCAGGAUCGGCAGGUCACUUUGCCCCCCAACCGACCAAACUGCACGGCCCCCACACCUGGCCCUUCGCCAUCCCGCUCCCGCGCGCCGUCACGCUCCCCGUCGGCUCCCCACCGCGCGAGCGCCGAUACCAGCUGCCGGCGAAUUUUUGGGAGCGCCACGAGCCGGUGCGGGUGCGGUAUUAUGUGAUCUUGCACUUGGAAAGGGGGAGGUGGAGGGGGAAUUUGAGACUACCCGUCGAAUUCACCUACGUCCCACUCAGCACGCCCCCGCCCGAACGGCCGCUUUCUUACGAGGAGAAGCAACCUAUCCCACCAUCCGAGGCGGACGUGGAGGGCUGGCACACGGCGGACCCGGUGGUCGUUAGAGGAUUGGUGGGCGAGGCGAGGCACGAGGUAGAAGUUACGUGUUGUUUGUCGCUGGCGAAACCUGUAAGUGCCGACUUCACUGUAUGUGCCGACUUCACUGUAUUUGCUGACUUCACUGUAUUUGCCGACUUCACUGCAUGUGCCGACUUCCCUGUCGUUUCCAACGGAUAUGACCGACAGAUUGACCUUCCCAUCCAGCUCGCCUACACCCGCGGCUCCGUUCUCCCGCUCGCGCUCACCUUCGAGUCGCACGACGCCGCCGCGCUUGAGCUGCUUUCCGCCCCCGCCGCGCCCGUAGCCCGACUGCGGCGCCGGCUGCGGUAUAAGGUGGAUAUCGGGCGCGUGGACGAGGGGGAUGACUACGAUGAGGAGGGUGUAGGGAGCUCCCAAGUUGUAGGCAGUGGCAGCGCCCGACAAGGCUCAAUCACCCGCCCACCGAACACGACCCCCUGGACCGACUCGACCAUCGUCUACGACCUCGCGAGCUGGUGGUCACGCGAGGGCGCGCCGCAACAUACAUAUCGACGGUGUCUGGAUGGGGAGAUACAUCUGAAGGAGGAUUUGAAGCCGACGACGCGUUUUGCGCAUUGGCGGGUGGAGUACGAAGUCGUCCUCUUCCCCUUCGAUAUCGGGUCAUUUGUGGGGCGCGACAGGGAGCCGCUGGUGGUACAGCCAGUGGAGAUUGCGACGGCGUAUGGCACUUGGCCACGGCCGCGCGUAGAGACGGCGCCGGUGUAUGAGUUUGCUGGCGGCGCUGGGGUAUAAAUGCGCGAAUGAGCAGUAAAGGCGUUUUAGGGUAUUCUGCACUGGUUUGACGCGUGUACCAUAGACGAUUGUGUUAUUGUGCCACUUUCUCGCUCAGAAGAUGUGGGUGAUGUAGUAUACUGGAUGCAUGGCACAGGUUGUACGUUGCGCAUGUAUUCUCUCUGCACUGUCAUUUUGUGGUACGGAAAUUGCCGAUUGGUUUCCC